AUGGUUGAUAACAUAGGGUCUAACUCAGAGAGAGAAGGCCUCAAGUACAGUUUUUCAGGUGCCUCAGGACAGGAUGGGGCCAUCAAGGAGCAAGAUCGCUUGCUGCCGAUAGCUAAUGUGGGGCGGAUCAUGAAGCAAACACUGCCGGCCAACGCGAAAAUCUCGAAAGAAGCAAAAGAAACGAUGCAAGAGUGCGUAUCUGAGUUCAUAAGCUUUGUCACCGGAGAAGCAUCCGACAAGUGUCACAAGGAGAAAAGGAAGACGGUCAACGGGGAUGACAUUUGUUGGGCUCUCGGAAGUCUUGGGUUCGAUGAUUAUGCUGAGCCAUUGAAAAGGUAUUUACAUAGAUAUAGAGAGUUAGAGGGAGAGAGAGCUAGCCAAAAUAAGGCUAGCAACAUUGAUGAAAAAGAUGAACCAUCAAACUACAGAAGUGUUUCACCCACUCCAUUUCACUUCAAGGUAGUGGAGUCGAGUAAUAACUCUAUGUCUAGGAGGGUUUAG